UUUUUUUUUUUCUAUUUUAUUGAGCGUGUUUGUUGUGCUUAUUAUUUUGUAUUUUAUUGGGCUGUCAAGCUCAUCUGGUUUUAAGUAAUUCGUUGUUGGAUUCGCUUCCGUAGUUUUUCGCGAAGUGGUUACCGGGCAAGACGGACCGUUUCCUAUAGCACGCGGCAGUCUUAUUUUGCAUUGCGCGCUUACUAAACGGGUUCGAAUAUUUCGCGCUUAAGUAUAAUAUAUUUUGGUCGCUUCAUUUGCUUUUGUCAAGUCAAGUUGUUGUUUGUUAUUGUUGUGGUUAGUUAAGUUUGGAUAAGCGUUUGUGAGAUUGCGAAGCAGUGUGCUGUAUUUGUUAGCCUCAAAGUUGCAGCUAAAUUGUAUUCAAGCCUUUUUUGCCGAUUUUUACUGUUUCCAACUUUUACUAUGCAAAGAGGAGUACAGUUUUAAUGGUGUUGCCAGUAACUGAAAGUAAAAUAAAUAAAAUAAAAUAAGAAAAAUAAAAUAAAAUAAAAUUAAAAUAAAAUAAGAAGUAUAUAUAUUUUGUACAUAUGUAUACAUGUAUAUACAAAGUUAACGAAUAAAAAUUAACCGGUACAACAACAAAAGUGCGGGAAAGUGUAAUGUGUUUAAGAAAUAAUCAAGACAAUUAAGUGACAAUUGAAUUCAAUUAGAAGUGCAAAUAAUUUCAGUGAAAUUUUCAACAACUGUGAUCAUACAUAUAAAAAAUAUACAAUAUAUGAAAAAUAUAAAUUUACAGCUACAUAAAUAUACAUAUAAUACCAUAAAAAAAUAAUAUCAUAUAGAGCUAAACUUAAAAAAAAAUACAUUUAACACCGUGCACACACAAAAUAUUCACACAAAAAUGACGUUGGAAUCUCACGGUAAACUGCUGAAAGAGCGCGUCAAGCCCAUCGAUAUACAGUUCAAGGAUCUAAGCUAUCAAGUUCAAGUGCAUAAAGUGAAGAAAACCAUUUUGAAAGGAAUUUCGGGUACAUUUCGCUCUGGUCAACUGACGGCAAUUAUGGGACCCUCGGGGGCGGGCAAGUCGAGUUUGAUGAAUAUUUUAACAGGUCUUACUACAAAAGGUGUUAACGGUAAUAUACAUUUUGGCGACUCACAAACUAAAUCGCGUAAACUGUGUUGUUAUAUAAUGCAAGAUGAUCAUUUUCAUUCAUGGUUUACCGUUGAGGAGACAAUGCUGCUGGCGGCUCAACUGAAAAUCUCUAACGAUUCGAUGAACAUAAAGGAGAAGAAAAUGCUGAUCGAACAUUUAUUGGAUACCCUAAAGUUAUCACAGACCAAAUUAACACGCACUGGCAACCUAUCUGGCGGUCAAAAGAAACGCUUAUCUAUCGCCUUGGAGUUAAUUGAUAAUCCAGCGGUGCUAUUUUUGGAUGAGCCAACAACCGGCUUGGAUAGCUCAGCAUCUUGCGAUACCAUACGGUUACUACAAACUUUGGCCAAUGAAGGUCGCACAAUCGUUUGUACAAUUCAUCAACCCUCGUCACAUGUUUUCAGCCUAUUUAAUCAAAUUUAUGUGCUGAGUCAAGGUUGGUGUACAUACCAGGGUACGCCGCAUAAUACCAUUGACUUUUUAAGAACGGUUGGUUUGGAAUGUCCGACUUAUCACAAUCCAGCUGAUUUUUUGUUGGAGUGCGUGAAUGGUGAUUAUGGCGAUCAUACCGAUGACUUAGCUGCUGCUGCUCGACAGCCUAAAUGGCGAUAUGAUUAUGAUGCGGAGCAACCGCAACACUUGGAUGGUUUAAAUGGCGUACAAAUUGUGAAAAUGAUGGAGUCUAAACGGGGAGGGGUAAAGCAACUAUCCCCAUCGAUAACACCACCAAUAUCUGCCACAAAACAUGUUUACCCGCCGCCAGAAUGGAUGCGUCUGUGGCUGUUGAUCGGUCGUUGUCAUGUGCAAUUUUUCCGCGAUUGGACGGUGACCUAUUUAAAAUUGGCUGUGCAUAUUAUUUGCGCUAUACUGAUUGGCCUGCUAUAUGGCGACUCCGGUUCAAAUGCGACAAAGCAGAUUGCAAAUUUAGGUUCAUUCACAAUACACAAUACGUAUUUAUGGUAUACGACAAUGAUGCCGGGCCUAUUGAGAUUCCCUCAGGAAAUCAGCAUAGUCAAAAAGGAAACUUUCAACAAUUGGUAUAAAUUACGAACGUAUUAUAUGGCAACGCUGAUAACGUCUACACCGGUACACAUCAUAUUUUCCAUGACAUAUAUCACCAUCGCCUACCUGAUGACCGAUCAACCAUUUGAAAUUGAACGUUAUGCCAAAUUCAUGUUGACAGCUGUCGUGGUGACGAUAUGCGCCGAUGGACUGGGUGUACUAUUAGGCACUAUAUUGAAUCCAAUUAACGGUACAUUUGUCGGUGCUGUAUUGACUUGUUUCAUGUUGAUAUUCUCCGGUUUUCUUAUACUGCUCACACAUAUGUCGAGCUUAAUGCGCUUAUUAUCGUACUUAUCACCAAUUCGUUAUGCGCUCGAGAGCAUGGUGUUGGCGAUAUAUUCUAAUAAUCGGGGGAAUAUUUAUUGCCCAAUGGAUGUGGUGUAUUGUCAUUUUAAAAAUGCCAGUACAGUGCUACGCAGUUUCGGCAUGGAAAAUGGAAAUUUCGGCAUGAAUAUAUUAAUAAUGUUUCUGCAACUGUCGACUUUUAAAGGACUAGCUUAUGUUAUGCUAAAGCGAAAGCUGCGAACGUAAAAUACUUUAUAUUAUAAUUCAUAUAAUGUAAUAUGUUUGCAUAUAUAUAUGUAUAUGUAUGUAUGUAUAAAUAUAGGUGAUAUAUGUAAGUAGAAAAUACUGUUAAUUUACUAGUAGUAGUAGUAUUAUAUCUAAAUAUUUGUUUAUAAAAUAAGUUACGGUGUAUUGUUCGAAAUAUGUAGCAAAAUUAAAUAAAAAAUAGUGCUACAACAAAAAGAAAAACAAAAAA